UUUUUAAAGUAGCUAUAAAAUACCAGCACUGGCACUCUCUCUCAUUCACUCUCUCCCUCUCUUGCUGCGGAAUGCGGAAGUCAACUGUGUGUGCAGGAGCAUAUAAAUAGAAGCACCAAUCGUAGCACUCGCUCACUCUGCUCGGAGAGCUUGGAGUGGACUGCCAGCGCUCCGGCCGACGCGCCUUGAAUUAGGCAACAACAAUUCUGUUAUUUUGCGCAGAAUGGGCUUGCUACGCUGACUUACUACUUACUGGUAUGUCAGGAAGCUGAGGUCCAAAGGCAGUUUGGGAUCUGGAAAAGAUGGAGGCCACGCCGGGCUACCAGGACAUCAGCGCUCUGGAGAAAUCGGUGGCCAAUGCAGGAUCGCAGUUGUACACGAUGGCCCACAAACUGCAUGCGGUGGAGCGCAGCCUCGAGCAGACGACGAUGGAGCAGAUGGAUGAGAUGGAGGUCCUCGAGUUGCUCGAGUCGAUGAGCGAGGUGACCAACGAGUACCAGAAUCUGCGCAAGGACAUUCGCGAGGUGCAGCAGUUGCAGCGUGACGUCAGCAGCUCCAUACGCUACCAAAUGCGCAGCAUGCAGCAGACUUUCCACACUCUAAAACAGCGGAUAGCUAGCUCCCAGAAGGGUCGCAAAAAGCCAAAGAAAGGCCUCGAUGGAGCAGGGCAUGGGAUUCAUGAAUAAUCAAUGACCCUAUUGAUUGGCCUCCCUGGCGAAUAGGUGCGGUACAUGUGUCAAGGGGGACGCAAAUGUAGGGACUAAAUUGACACCAAUCUGAAGCAAUCAACUGUGUAACUAUAUAUCGCAAACCCACUCCAAGCAUUUAGACUCGGAAACAGGUCCUAUACUUUAUAUACAUAUAUACACUUGAAAAAAUGUACACCCAAUUGUAUGCGCAAAAGGUGUUUUUUUUUUUGUGUUUUAUUCCAGUGAUAGACAGGAAUAAUGAAAACUCACUGCUCUAAAAACACAAAAACACAAUGCUUAACAUAGAGUAUACACCAUGUAAGAUGAUUAGCGUUCUUUAGGACGAACCGGAAUGUCUGAAUGCACUUUUCCAAAUUUUGCCUUAACAUAAUAGUAUUUUGAGGUAGUUUUUGAUACGACACGUUUUAAAAAGUAAUAUAUAGCAGACCGUACAUAUUUAGGCCACACACAAUGAUUAUUCUUGUGUUCGUUUCACUUUUGGAGAUUUAUUUGUUGAGCUCUAAAGAAAAUAAAAGUUAGUUGAACCUCGAGAGACGGGGAACGCUUAUAUUCAAAUCUGGCGCCAUUCGGCUGUUAAUCAACAGCCAUCUGGCAGCUCCAUGCAGUCUCAUCUGGCAAUGCCAUCUGAUCGCAGCCGAGUGGCAACAGUGGUCGCUGUUGCGUUCGCGUACUUUCGUGACUUCAUUUUCGCUUUUUAUUUAUAUUCUCCGUUUUGCGAAUAAAAUGGAUAUAUCUUGGCAGUUGUUUAAGAAGCGGAUAUACGCUGAUUCAUAGGCUGGCUAGAAGAUCAGUGCCAAAAAGGGCUUACGAAAAGAAAGUGCAAUAACUGCAGCUCUAUUGUGCGUGCGUCUGUGUGUGCGUAGAUCUACGCGUCGGUGUGUCGGUGUUUUUUUUUUUUUUUUUACGUUUGUGUGCGUGGCGUGCGAACAUUUGUGGCACAAGUUCGAAAAUUUGCACUGAGAAAGUGCAUGAAAGUGGUUCUUGGGAAAAUAGUUCAUUCAUUUGGCAUCCACUUUCUGUGGAAAGUGGCGCGCCUGCGGCUUGUGCCUCAAUCAUCGUACUGCUGUCUGCCUACGUG